UGAAACUCAGUCGGUUUGACGUGUCUUUGUAACGCUGGGAGAUGGAGUGGAGCGACAACCUGUUGCUUCGCUGGAAGCGGAGGGGGGCUUCCCCCAGCGGAGAGCUCCGAGUCCAUGCAUCAGCGGGCAUGACAACUACACACCCACUUCACACCAUCACCCACAUUUCGGAUGCCCAUCCCCGCCUGAAGACCCCCGGUACACAACUCUACGGCGACACGGACACUAACCUGCAGCUUUUGCGACAUUUAUUAACUUUAAUCCCGAACUUGACGCAGGAACUUGUUUUUGUUUGUUUUGUUUUGUUUUUUUAAGUUUAUUCCAGUAAUUGAUUUUUUUUUUAUUUUUUCUGACGAGGAUGGCCAACUCCGGGAUCCAGCUGCUGGGUUUUUUCCUCUCAUUAAUUGGCAUCGUCGGGCUGAUCAUUGGGACCGUUCUGCCGCAGUGGAAGAUGUCAGCGUACAUCGGGGACAACAUCAUCACGGCGGUGGCCAUGUACCAGGGGCUGUGGAUGUCGUGCGCUUUCCAGAGCACCGGACAGCUCCAGUGUAAAAUCUACGACUCCAUUCUGCAGCUGGACAGUUCGCUCCAGGCCACUCGCGCCCUGAUGAUAGUUGGCAUCAUCGUGUCCAUCGCCGGCCUGGGUGUGGCCUGCAUGGGGAUGAAGUGUACCACCUGCGGGGGGAACGACAAACUGCGCAAGUCCCGCAUCGCCAUGACGGGGGGCAUCAUCCUGCUGGUGGGAGGGUUGUGUGCUAUAGUAGCGUGCUCCUGGUUUGCUCACAAUGUCAUCCGGGCUUUCUAUAAUCCCUACACUCCGGUCAACACCAAAUUUGAGUUUGGCGCCGCCAUCUUCAUCGCGUGGGGCGGCUCCCUCCUCGAUGUCCUGGGCGGAGCCAUGCUGGCCGCUUCCUGUCCCAGGAAGAAGCAGGUAUCCAAGUACCCAUCCAUGGGCAGCUCCCGCUCUGGCCCGGCGAGCAGCACUAAAGAGUACGUCUGAAACCGCUUCACGCAGCUGGGACUUCAAAAGCGAGGAGUAAGACCGAAGAUGUACGAGCAGUUGUGAAUCUUAGACAGAGGCAAGGAGUACCGAAACGGAACUUUCUUUACUUUUUGUCCAGGCAGGCCGUUGAUGACCCCUUGAUUAUCGUGCAGCACUCUCAAUUGUUUCAUGAAGGAUGUCUCUCACCCCGUCCACACAUUCCACAGUUGUUUACAAGCAGUCUUCGCAAAUACAUUAUAAUUGGAUCCCCUGACUUAAUAGACAUGUCCUCAGGGCGCAACCUCUUGAAUUGUAGUCUAAACGGUGGAUUUCAUCCAACUCUUGCACCCCAUCGUUAGAACCAGCAUUUAUUAGCAUUUGCCAGGUAAUUGAAAGUAAUCAAUUCCAGUUUGGUGCACAGGCUGCAACUCGGGCAUCCAGCGCAGACACGGCGUGACAAUAGAGUGUUUUAUAUUAACUGUUGGUACUAAAAUAGCGACGUGAUGGGCAGGGUGUGACUUCACACACAGGGCUCACUGUGUAGGCUGACAGCAUCUCAGGGGCCUUUUACUACAACACUACACUACAGGCCCUGCAGCUCUUCAUACUAGUCUGUUACAAACCCUGGCCAGAUAUGAAAUAUUUGAUCACGCAGUCACGGUACCAUUAUCCCUUUAUUGCCUUCUGUAUCGGCCACUAGGUCAUUAAACUGCCUCUAUUUAUUGUGUAGGUAUUUGUUCCUGUGUAGAUUUCCAUGACUAGUAUUUCACCGCAGCCCCUUUGAAGACUAUAGUCAUAUUUUCAUUAAGAUAUUUUGUGCUCCUCAAAGUAUAUCCUGUUUUUUUUUUUUGUUUGUUUGUUUUUUAAAUGUCAUAGUUUUCUACACUUGGCUCUUCUAGCAGAUAAAUGGUGUCAUGGAAAAUGUAUGAAAAAAAUAUUUUUAACGUGUCCAACAGUACAUGAAUAAUAAAGAUACUGCAACAUUGUUAA